AUACUGUAAUUGACCAGCGCUCGGUCUGACGCGUUUCUGCUCCAUCCUCAAACACUGCAGUCAUGUCUGACUUCACGGAGGACCAGAUUUGUGAAUUUAAGGAGGCCUUCCUUCUGUUUGACCGAACAGGAGAUGGGAAGAUCAUGUACAAUCAGUGUGGGGAUGUGAUGCGAGCUCUCGGCCAGAACCCUGUCAAUGCUGAGGUCCUUAAAGUCCUGGGCAACCCCAGUAAUGAAGAUAUGAACAUGAAGAUGCUGGACUUUGAGCAGUUUCUGCCAAUGCUGCAGGCCAUUGCUAAGAACAAGGAUCAGGGCUCCUUUGAGGACUUUGUGGAGGGACUGCGGGUCUUUGACAAAGAGGGAAAUGGGACGGUGAUGGGUGCUGAGUUGCGACAUGUCCUCACUACACUAGGUGAGAAGAUGACAGAGGAAGAGGUGGAGACGCUCUUAGCAGGACACGAGGACGCUAACGGUUGCAUCAAUUAUGAAGCAUUUGUGCGCCACAUUAUGGCUGGUUGAGGAGAGGAACUCGUAAGGAUGGUCAUGAGCGGUUGAAGAAUUCAGACACAUUGAUUUUUGUCCGUUAUUUUCCCCCAUUCAUGUGAUUCUUCAUUUCCAUAUUUGCUUUUUUAAUUAUUUGUUCUUUAUUUUUUCCUUAAGUGCCUUUUAUCGUGUUUCUGGAGAAUUAUGGCUCAUUUCAUUUCAAAAACGUCAGUUGAUCUCCAAUUGGGUUUGCUCGAAUACCUUCCAUUCAGCCAUUGCAUUCAUUCCACCAAUCGCUGUACUCGUCCAUUAUUUGUCUUAAACUGUGAGGGCCCUUUUGAUCGUCUCCUAAUGUAUUUUUCUUUUUAAAUGAUCAUAUUGUCUAAUUGUUUGUGUCAUUUGACAUCCCUCUUUAUUGUCCGCUGUUCAUCAUAAUAAAUAUUCAGAUUGAA